GGUUACAAAAAUCAAUGGAUAUUUAGAAGCCCUAGAUACCUACCCACUUGCCAUAUCUAGGCCUAUUUAUUUUCACUGCAGUAGUUCAACCUUUGUCCUAGACACUAAUGAUAGCAUUCAUCUACAGCUGAUCGUUUACAAUUGUCAGAUUAGUGGAGUAAAAGUUCACAGUUCAAUAUUUAUGAUGAACAUGCUGACUUUGUUGACUUGCCAUAAAAUUAUGUCACAUGCAAUCUGAUUGGUUGAUCUCUGUAGAAUAGUGAGCAAGAACCAAUGAAAUAUUACGUUACAAACUUCACUGACACUUCGAAAAUGGCCUACAAAUACUUAGGAGAGGAUAUUCUGAAAGGUUUUGACAAAUAUAAGUACAGUGCUCUGGAUACAAGUCCAUUCAGCAACUAUGUCAUGCAUCCUUUCUGGAACACUGUGGUCAAGGCUGUGCCAAGAUGGGUGGCCCCUAAUAUGUUGACAUUCUCAGGGUUUGUAUUGCUGGUGUAUAACUUUGGUGUACUGUCAUACUAUGACCCUGACUACACUGCAUCAGACACGCGGCCAGGAGAUCUAGGUCCUAUACCCAACUGGGUGUGGCUCGUCUCAGCUUUAUGCGUAUUUGGAGCUCACACAUUAGAUGGUAUAGAUGGUAAGCAAGCCAGGCGCACAGGGUCCAGUAGUCCUCUGGGUGAACUGUUUGAUCAUGGCAUAGACAGUUGGUCCACUCUUAUUCUUCCAACAGGGAUGUAUUCCAUAUUCAGCCGUGGCUUUUACGGUCAGCCUACCUUGUCAGUGUUUGGAGUUGUAUUCCUUGUGCAGUUUUGCUUUCUGUUGUCUCAUUGGGAGAAAUACAACACUGGGGUACUCUACCUGCCUUGGGGAUAUGAUCUAGGACAAAUUGGUAUGAGUUUGUUGUAUCUAAUAACAUUCCUUGGCACUAUAGACUUAUGGAAGAUGACACUACCUAUAGUUCAUUUAAGUCCUGCAUGUUUCUUCACAAUAUGUUUGUAUGCUUCCUGUGUAUUAUCAGCGCUUAUUUCUGUGUUUAAUGUUUAUGUGUCAUACAGGGACAAUACAGGGCACAAUAGAACAUUUUAUGAAGCCACCAGGCCUUUGAUAUCAUCAUCAGUAUUAUACAUAUUGUUCACCAUUUGGGCUUUAUAUUCACCAUAUGACAUCUUAGAAAAAACACCAAGACUGUUUUACUACACAUGUGGGACAACAUUCUCCAAUCUAGCUAGUCGUCUGAUAGUUAACCAAAUGAGCAUGACAAGGUGUCAGGUAUUUAACUGGUUGUUAGUGCCUCUCCUAUGUGUGGUUGUACUUAUAUUUGCCAUUCCAUUGGGUGCGUAUGAACUCUACUUCCUGUGGGCGUACUGUCUUCUGGUCACAACAGCACACAUACAUUAUGGGUAUUCAGUGGUGGUCCAGAUGGCAGAUCAUUUAGGAAUCUAUAGUUUUACCAUUACAAGUAAGCCUCCAAAAAAGCAAACAUGACUGACUCAGGACCAAAUGCACAGGUGCUAGCGAAGCCAAAGAUACAAACCAACCCCAUCAAACCAUUAUGAUGUUAUUCAGCUUUUUGUCAAGGAUUGUGUGAACGCUAAACAUUUACAAUGAUUGAACAAAAGAACCAAUUUCUAUGCACAGGGUUCUCACAAUAUUGGAUAGAGACUGGCGGCCCGUAUAGUCUUAUCUACUGACAGUGUAGUCUAAUGCAAUGACAAAAUCCCACUGAAUUCUAUUGACUGAAAUAUAUUAUCAACAGUACUAAUAUAGUCCUUAAAAAGAAUUAACAAAAACAAGAAGAGAAAGAAUAUCACUUACUUUUUUCUGGUUAUUAGUUUAUAAUCAUCAGUAUUUGUAGAAAAACAGGAGUUAUUGUACAUUUGAGUACUGAUGCUGCAAAAUGCCAUGAUACAUCAAACAACGGGAUGCAACUUUUUCUGGAGUCUAGAAUUUUUCUUGUGAGAACCCUGAUAUGGUCAUAGGAUCUACAUGGUAUAAUCUGUGUAAUCAUACUUCAGAAUUUAUUCAGAGGGGAAAAGGCACAAUAAUUUGGAAGAAUUUGUGAUCAUAGACAGUGUUCUGUUCUCCACAGAAUUUUUUCUC